GAAAGUCCAGCCGAAAAAAUGGAGCCAUGACAUGUCAUAACGAAGAGGAUCACACUUGUGGCUGAUGCCUACUACGUGGGUUACAAAGAGGGCACUGAUCAGCCCACGGACAAGGGUGCUGUCAUGAGGAUACUAUUUGUGGGCAACAGCUUUAUACACUACAACGGUGGAGCAGAAAAGGUGGUGGCCAAAUUGCUGGAGGAGCACUUGGGAGCAAAGGUCUAUGCCAGAAGAUACGCUCCAGGUGGCUACACAUGGCCGCAGCACCUGGCGGACACAAAGGACCCCUCAAGUUCCCUUUACAAGCUGCUGGGACCAGGCGGCACCAAGCCUUGGGAUUACAUCAUAUUCCAGGAGCAAAGUCAAGCGCCUGCACUGGGAGGGAAGGACACACUGGAAAGCUACGAGGCGCUGUCGGGGCUGGUGCAAUUUGCCAAGGAGCGCAAUGCACACACUGUGCUGCUGAUGACUUGGGGCUACUUGGAAGGCGACAGGCGGGCACACCCAGCAAUCUUUCCAGACUACCAUGCCAUGCAGGAAAGACUAGCAAAUGGCUAUCUGUCACUGGCAGCAAGGAUACAUGAGGAGCACAACAUUUCAUCGUCCAUCGCCCCAGCAGGACUUGCUUGGCAGCACAUUCAUACACUGCAGCACGGAAGAAAUGCUGUAAAGCUGCCAGCAGGGAAGGACACCUUUUUUGCCAUGUAUGCAAAAGACGGCAUACACCCCAGUCCCUUUGGAACAUAUCUGGAGGCCUGCAUCGUGGCAAACACCAUUACAGGCUGCAGGUCCUUGGGCCUUACAGCCAAUCCUUUGGAGCUGGAUGGAGACUGGCUAGUAUUCCUACAAGGUGUCGCUGAUGAGGUGGUUUUUCAAGACAGGGGUGAUGUAUUCCCGCCAUAUCCUUGGACUCAUGAGGGCUGCCAACAGAGAUUGGGCACCCUGACUGGCUGAGCGAUGAGGUCACCCUUUGAGGCACGAUGCAAAACACAUGUGCCGCAACUUUGUAAGUGUUUAUGUUGUCGUAUGAUUAUAUUCACUGAAUGUCUGCCCUUAGUUGAAUACGUUCUGGUUAUGCCUGUGUGUCAUGACAGAAACCAGGCACUUGCAAUAUGCAGGAUAAGGUCCUUGAACAGUCAGACUAUAUUUUAGCCCAUCAUGGUGAAGUGGGGUGUAUAGUAAUUUGAUCCUGUACUGUAGCAUGCGUGAACCCUCAUAUAUAUUCAAUUGGACCGUACAUUUAGCUAUGGACAUUUAGCGGAAUUGGAUAUCCAUGUUGAACUCAAUUAUUGCCACCAAAGCAAUUAUUUAAAAUAUCCCGGGACUCCCAGUCACUUGGAGUGACUAAAAUGUAACUGCUCUCAGGUCC